AACGAUUUGAUAUUAUGCUUUCGUCUAGUCAAUCUUCACAACCUUCACAACCCAUUAUUGUACCUUCCCAGUCUUCACAACCUAUCAUGUUACUCUCACAAUCGACUCCUAAACCAAAUUCUCAUUAUAUUCGCACAAAUUUCACCCAAUUAGUAACAGAAAAUGAAAUACUUAAAAAUGAGAUUGAAUUACUAAUAGCUCAAUUUACAGCAACCAAAGAAGAAUUAGAAACCUAUAAAAGCCCUGGAACAAGUUCCCUACGUUCCGUUCUUAGGUAUAAUUUUCUUCGUGCCCCGCAAGCUGAAACUUUGGAUAUUCCUUCAGAAAUUCGACAAGAACUUGACCCCUCUUCUAAAAAAAGAAAGACACUUCCAUUUGCACAACUUCUCACCAACAAUAAAAGUUGGCAAAAGUUGAAAGAGGCGAAUGAAGAAGCUGAAAAAAAACUUGAAAAAGCUAAACAGAAAAAAGAAUUAGCGGCCCAGAAAAAGAUCGAACGGCAGCGUAAUUUGAAGCAAAAAAAGGAAGAGCAUGAACGAAAAAA